GAUCCGAAGUUCUGAACAUAACGGCAGUUGUCGACUUGUCGUUUUCGCAGAGACCUUACUUAGAGUGCAGACGUCAUAGUAGUACCGAGUACACGGUAAACGGACGAACUCCGACGACGAAGAAGAAGAAAAUCGAUCGGGUUUCUAGGGUUUAUUUUCUCGCAGAAAAUCGAAAAUUGAAAAUUCGAAACAAUGGAGGAUGACGGGAAUGAUAAGGGCAAGAAUAAAUACAGCAUAAUUGUCCCAACCUACAACGAGCGCCUCAACAUCGCCCUCCUCGUCUACCUCGUCUUCAAGCAUCUUCGCAGGGAUGUGGACUUUGAGAUAAUCGUUGUAGAUGACGGGAGCCCCGAUGGUACUCAAGAAAUUGUAGAACAAUUGCAGAACGUUUAUGGCGAAGAUCGAAUUCUGUUGAGACCGAGAGCUAAGAAACUUGGUUUAGGGACGGCUUAUAUUCACGGUCUAAAACAUGCCUCUGGAAAUUUUGUUGUAAUUAUGGAUGCUGAUUUAUCACACCAUCCAAAGUACUUGCCCAGCUUCAUCAAGAAACAGUUGGAAACUGGUGCAAGUAUAGUUACUGGAACCCGUUAUGUUAAAGGUGGUGGUGUUCAUGGAUGGAAUCUUAUGCGCAAACUAACAAGUCGAGGAGCCAAUGUUCUUGCACAAACACUUCUGUGGCCCGGUGUAUCAGAUUUGACUGGAUCUUUCCGGCUUUAUAAAAAGUGGGUGCUUGAAGAUGUUAUUAGCUCAUGUGUAAGUAAGGGAUAUGUCUUUCAGAUGGAGAUGAUAGUUCGGGCUUCGAGAAAAGGCUACCUUAUUGAAGAGGUUCCAAUCACUUUCGUUGAUAGAGUAUAUGGAAGUUCAAAGCUUGGAGGAUCUGAAAUUGUUGAAUACCUUAAAGGCCUUGCUUAUCUCUUGGUUACUACCUGAAUGCGUUGAAAACAACUCCUAAUCUUCUCUCUCUCUCUCUUCUUCUUCUUGUUUUUUGUUUUGGUGUGAAAGCCAUAACCAUCUUUUUUUUUAGCCGUAUGAAACAUUUUUGGGUAUAUUCUUUUCUUUGUCACGAAUAUUUCACAUACAAUGAUACAAAAGCCUCAAUCAAACUUACAGCGAUGAUAUGUGGCCUUGAUUUUCUUGUCUUAUGGGUUUUAAACUCACAGUUAUUCUGAUUCUUUUAUCAGGUUUAAUCACAGAUUUUUAGGAUACAU